AUGGCCAGCUCCAGUGCUUUGCGGCCACCUGUCGGCUGCUUAUCACGAAUUGGCUCGUUUUCUGCCUCAACCCGGGCGGCUACGUUCUCGACAACGGCUCGGCAAUGCAAGCGCAAGACGAAAGACAACAACAAGAAUCGAGGCGUCAGCAGCCUGUAUGGAUCAGGGCCUCGAGAACACCUUUCCAUGUCUGACAUACCUCUACCUAAGCCGCGAGACUUCAAACCAAAAGUAGCGGUUGAUGAGAACCACGGCCUCUGGGGUUUCUUCCCGGAGACCGGAAAGGCGCUGUGGUCGCCCAAGGAAACCGAGGAGCACGGAAGGGCAUGGACAGUGGAAGAGCUUCGAAAGAAGUCGUGGGAAGAUUUACAUUCUCUUUGGUGGGUGUGCUGCAAGGAGAGGAACAUGCUUGCGACGUCCAAGGCGGAGCUGGCAAGGGGCAAGUUUGGAUUUGGUGACCGGGAAAUUGAGGCACGAGACGAAGAGGAUGCCGUUGAUGUGGCCAUGUCAGACCCCGAGAUUGACAUGCACGCCGAGGACGGCCAGGUUUACAAGCCCUCGGCGUAUGAGGAAGAGGUUGCUGCCGAGGAGGCCUGGGCGACGGAGAAGGGUGUAGAACAGGAGAGCGUCAAGGCCGAGAAGGAACUUAGUCGGUGA